AUGGCGGAUGAACAAAGCCACGCUCCCUCUAACACCAACCCGCCAAAGAUGUUAGCAAUCAAUGAGGCCCUCAGAGCCGAGAACCAAAGGGUGGCCGAGCUCCUACGGCAGAUGGAACACGAUCGCGCAAAGGGCGAACACAAAAACGCCGAACAAAAAGAGGACAAUGACGAGCACUCCUCCGAAACCAAGCAAACCACUCACAAAACGACAAAGACUAUAGUCAAAAGGACCAACCCCUUCACAAAACAAGUUAUGAACUUCAAAAUGCCUGAGAACCUAACCCUACCUUCAACCUUAAAACCUUACCAGGGAAUAGGAGACCCAAAUGUCCAUGUAACCAAAUUUUAUACCAUGAUGUUAAUGAAUAAAGAAUCCGACCCCAUCCUAUGUCGAACUUUUCCAACCUUCUUAGACGGAGCCGCACUCAUCUGGUUUUCCAACUUACCUGAAGGCUCUAUCCCAAGUUUUGACGAGUUGGCCGACCAGUUCGUCAACCACUUUGCUGCCUCAAAAAUCUAUGUCCACAACUCAGACUACCUGAGUACAAUCAAACAGGGACCAAAUGAAAGCCUGAAGGACUACAUGACCAGAUUCGCAGAAGUGACUAAUGAGAUACCCAACCUAAAUCCUGAAGUUCAUCUCCACGCUCUGAAGAGUGGCCUCCGCCCUGGGAAAUUCCAAGAGUGCAUCGUUAUAGCAAAGCCCAAAACCUUGGCCGAGUUGCGAGAAAAAGCAACAACCCAAAUUGAGGUGGAAGAGUUCCGAGCAUUCAGGACGGCAGAAAAACCCACCACAAACAGAGAAGAGGACAGACGAAGCAGGCAUCCAACCAACAGAACAGACCCAAGGUCGUUCAGAAUAACACCUAAAUUCGACACAUACACUCCCUUUAACACAAAAAGAGAGGACAUAGUAAAAGAUAUACUACACUCUAAACUCAUCAAACCCCCGAGCAGAGCCGGUACCUACCAGGACCAGAGGCAUGUGGACAAGUCCAAAUACUGUGCCUUCCAUCAAAAGUACGGACAUACAACAGACGAUUGCGUGAUAGCAAAAGACGUACUCGAAAAAUUAGCACACCAGGGAUUGCUGGACAAAUACAUCGACAUGCGUAGUCGAAGAAAAAACACUGAAGACCUCGGCCACCAACAAAAAACAAACGACAACCCCCGAGACAAGGGGCGAAAGGUAGACAAUGAUAACAAUCUACCCCGCCGAAUAAUAAACUGUAUUUCUGGUGGCUUUGCAGGUGGAGGAUGCACGAGCUCGGCACGAAAGCGGUCAUACCGAGCCUUGAUGACUAUGACAGAAUCAACAACACCUCGGCCGACCAACGCGGACAAACCUGGAAUAUCAUUCAGCCCCGAAGAUUACAAUGCCGCUGACCGAAACCUAGACGACCCCGUAGUCAUCACCGCACAGGUCGGAGAGCCCCUGGUAAAAAAGAUCCUCAUGGACCCGGGGAGCAGCGCCGACGUAUUGUUCUACUCAACGUUCCAAACGAUGAACCUAAGCGAUGAACUCCUGCAACUGUCAUCCAGGGAAUUGGUAGGUUUCUCAGGACAACAAAGUGGUGACAAUCCAUGGAGACCAGAAGGAGGCCAGACAGUGCUAUAA